AUGGAACAUGAAAAAUCAGAGUUCUGGUUCCUGGGAGACUGGGGCUGGCUGGCAGCUGCUGCAGCCGUCUGGCUGCGCAGAGGACGUUCAGCAUCCCCUCGGCGGAUUUGGGGAUUUGCAGGGGGUGGGAGCGGAGGCAGAAAGCAGCUCCUGGGAUUGGAGCUCCAUGCAGGAGUGGUGGCUCCUCAGCUGCUCUCCGUCCCUCCCAGCAGAGAGCAGCAGAUCGUGCAGGAACGGAGCGCCCUGGAUAUUGUCACUGCUGCUUUUUAUGUGAGCAAGAACCUAAUUAUGAUUUCACUUGUGCACUGUAAACUCAAGAAUCAGAAGGUGACAAAAGGCUCUGGAGCAUGGAACGGCCCCUGCCUGGUCCAGACUGACACAGUCAUCAACAUCUCCAACUCUCCUGACCUGAUUGAAAUGCCAGGCUUCAUUUGUGGCUGUGUGUCCUGUGUUUUCCUGGGCAGCAGAUUCCCUCAGCUCCAUAAAAACCUGAGUGGCUUUUUGAGAAGAUGCACAGAAGGCACCUUUUACCUGCUCUUUGCCUUGGCCAUGAUGGGAAACUGCACCUGUGGACUGAGCCUUGUUCUAAAGAUGCCAAACCCCAAAUCCUCCUGGGCCCUCUGCUUUGUUCACCACCUUCCCUGGCUCACUGGGAGCUUUGGAGUUUUGUUCCUUGAUAUUUUGGUAUAAUUUUCCUGCUACGG